AUGCUGGCUGCGAGGAUCCUGAAGCCAAGCAAAUCACAGAAGUUUGUCCGAUACUCGUCUCACUUUAAAUUCCAGCCAUUUACAGCGGAUCCGAGCUUGGGUACGUUUUAUUUUGCCUUAUUUUGUUGUUGGUUUAGGUACUGAUGCGAUAUGAAUGAGGGAAAAUGGACAUAACUUUUGAGUUUUUUAUUAAUUUAGGCAAAUUUUUAAACAAAAACGUUUUAUUAGUGUUUAAUAAACGUUUUGUGAUGGAUUAGGAUAUUGAUUUGGUCUAAAAAAAGCCUAGGUUUGUUGUUGUUUCUUAUGGGUGUAGGUAAUGAUGGGUAAGACGAGUUCUAUUGGGCAUAACUUUUGAAUACCACUAUAUAUAGUUACAGCGAUGGUUUACGAAAUAUAGCCAAGGAUUUGUGUGAGGUUUUAAAACGGUUUUUAUCACGGUAGCACUGCUCAGUCACCUUUUAUAUUGUUUUAGACAACCUCUAUACUCAAUUUUUUGUUUUCAGGUGAAACCGAAAAGAUCAACCUCUGUCAGUCGAUAAAUCAAUCUCUACAUCAAGCUCUUGAAGCUGAUAAGACAACUUGUGUAUUCGGAGAAGACGUAGCAUUCGGUGGAGUAUUUCGAUGCACUGUUGGAUUAGCCGACAAAUACGGCAAAGACCGAUGUUUUAACACACCUCUAUGUGAACAAGGAAUUGCUGGCUUUGGAAUAGGGCUGGCAGUUGCUGGCAGCACAUCAAUAGCUGAAAUUCAAUUUGGCGACUAUAUUUUUCCAGCUUUUGAUCAACUUGUAAAUGAAGCCGCGAAAUAUAGGUAUAGGACGGGGAACUUGUUCGAAUGUGGAGGUUUGACGGUUCGUGCGACUUGGGGAGCAGUUGGACAUGGAGCAUUGUAUCAUUCACAAAGUCCUGAAGCUUACUUUAGUCAUACACCCGGAUUGAAAGUGGGUUUUGGAGGGGUCUUACAUUGUAGUAGAGUUUUUUAAGGUUUUUUGGUUGAAAAUUGAUGUUUUUGUGCAUAAUAUGGGGCAAUAUGAUAUUGUCUUUGAUCUAAAAGCUAAAUUAAACCAUAUUUUUUAGGUAGUAGUACCAAGAGGACCAAUUCAAGCCAAAGGACUGCUGUUGUCAUGUAUCAAAGACCCGAAUCCUUGCAUCUUCUUCGAACCAAAAGUUUUGUACAGAAACGCGGUGGAAGAGGUACCAAAAGCACCAUACACAGUAGAAAUCGGAAAGGCCGAAGUUCUGAAGCAGGGCACGGAUAUUACCAUGGUAUCGUGGGGCACUCAGCUUCAUGUUGUGUUAGAAGCGGCCGAAAUCGCCGAAAGCCAAAUGGGCGUGUCUUGUGAGGUUAUUGAUCUACAGAGCAUUUUACCUUGGGAUGUGGAGACGGUUUGUGAGGUGGGUUACUGUAAUUUUGAAAAAGUUUGUUUUUUGAUGAUUUGGACCUUUUUGUAGGCUAUACUAUCAGUUUUUUGAAAUUAUUUUAGCUGGUCUAAGGUGUAAAAUACGACAUAUUAUAUACUGACAAAAAUUCACUUUCAGAGUGUGGUAAAGACUGGUCGAUUGUUGGUAUCCCACGAAGCUCCGCUAACUUCGGGAUUUGCGGCCGAAGUCGCUUCGACAGUCCAAAAAGAAUGCUUCCUGAACCUAGAAUCCCCAGUCGAACGAGUUUGUGGAUGGGACACACCUUUCCCACACGUCUUUGAGCCAAUAUACCUACCUACGAAAUGGCGUGUUAUCGAAGCCAUUCAACGAUCUAUUAAUUAUUAG